AGCUGAGAGCACUGCCUGGAUGCAACUUAGCCCUAGAUGCCAUGUGAGCAAAGAUGGCCACGUGUGGUAAACUGGGCAUGCGCGCGCCUGCGCAGUUCCUCCAGCUGAGCCGUAUCAAUUUGCGCCUGCGCGUUGCUUCCCGCCCUUUUAGUGGUGCCACUUGUGCCUAGGCUACGCAGAGGGCCAAGACGUCUAUUCUCCGGAAGGACUGAGGAUGCUGAGGAACGAGGUCAUGUCAACUUCGCCUUCGGUCCCAGCAGCUUCCUCCUCAUCUGUAGAUGUUCACUUACAUGGUCCCCGCCACGGUUUUGGCCCCCAGGAGACCCCUCAGAGCCGCCCUUCAGUCCAGGCCUUCUCGGAGUCGACUCUCCUGCGCACAUCCGGAGCCGCGGGUGACCGGAGCAGCAGCAGCAGUGUCUCUCGCCAACCGCCAAGCUUCCAGCCAGCUCCAGGAAAGGCGUGGUUGGGUGGGAGGGUCUCUGUCAACUCGAGGCUUGGGGAGCGCGGGUGGAGGUUACCACAAAAGCCACUCAGCAGUGGUUUGGAUGGAGGAUGUUCCUACUUUGGAAACAAAAGAUCAUAUGCAGGAAAUACAGUUACAUCAAAUUUUACUUUUGGUACAAGCUCAUCUUCUGCACGAGAUACUUAUUAUCCUCAGAUACUUAAAACUCCACUGUCCACUGGAAAUCCCCAGAGAUCAGGUUAUAAAAAUUGGACACCGCAAAUGGGAUAUUCAGCUACAUCCUCAUCUGCAGUUUCUGCACAUGCUCCAUCAGUUAUUGCAGCUGUUGUAGAAGGAAGAGGACUUGCCAGAGGUGAAAUAGGGAUGGCAAGUAUUGAUUUGAAAAGCCCACAAAUUAUAUUAUCCCAGUUUGCAGACAACACAACGUAUGCAAAGGUGAUCACUAAACUCAAAAUUUUAUCACCUUUGGAAAUAAUAAUGUCAAAUACAGCUUGUGUUGUGGGGAAUUCAACCAAGUUGUUUACUUUGAUCACAGAAAAUUUUAAGACUGUUAAUUUCACUACUAUUCAAAGGAAAUACUUCAAUGAAACAAAAGGAUUAGAGUACAUUGAACAGUUAUGCAUAGCAGAAUUCAGCACUGUCCUAAUGGAAGUUCAGUCCAAGUAUUACUGCCUUGCAGCUGUUGCAGCUUUGUUAAAAUACGUUGAAUUUAUUCAAAAUUCAGUUUAUGCACCAAAAUCUCUGAAGGUUUGUUUCCAGGGUAGUGAACAGACAGCCAUGAUAGAUUCAUCAUCAGCUCAAAAUCUUGAAUUAUUAAUUAAUAAUCAAGAUUGUAGGAAUAAUCACACUCUCUUUGGUGUUCUGAAUUAUACCAAAACUCCUGGAGGGAGUAGAAGACUUCGUUCUAAUAUAUUAGAACCUCUGAUUGAUGUUGAAACCAUUAACAUGAGAUUAGAUUGUGUUCAAGAACUACUUCAAGAUGAGGAACUCUUUUUUGGACUCCAGUCAGUUAUAUCAAGAUUUCUUGAUACAGAGCAGCUUCUUUCUGUCUUAGUCCAAAUACCAAAGCAAGACACGGUAAAUGCUGCUGAAUCAAAGAUAACAAAUUUAAUAUACUUAAAACAUACCUUGGAACUAGUAGAUCCUUUAAAGAUUGCUCUGAAAAACUGUAACACACCAUUAUUAAGAGCUUACUAUGGUUCCUUGGAAGACAAGAGGUUUGGAAUCAUACUUGAAAAGAUUAAAACAGUAAUCAAUGAUGAUGUGAGAUACAUGAAAGGAUGCCUGAAUAUGAGGACACAGAAGUGCUAUGCAGUGAGGUCUAACAUAAAUGAAUUUCUUGAUAUAGCUAGAAGAACAUAUACAGAGAUUGUGGAUGACAUAGCAGGAAUGAUAUCACAACUUGCAGAAAAAUACAAUCUUCCUUUAAGGACAAGUUUUAGCUCUGCACGAGGAUUUUUUAUCCAGAUGACUACAGAUUGUACAGCCCUACCCAGUGAUCAGCUUCCUUCAGAAUUUAUUAAGAUUUCAAAAAUGAAAAAUUCUUACAGCUUUACAUCAACAGAUUUAAUUAAGAUGAAUGAAAGAUGCCAAGAGUCUUUGCGAGAAAUCUAUCACAUGACUUAUGUGAUAGUGUGCAAACUGCUUAGUGAGAUUUAUGAACAUAUUCAUUGCUUAUAUAAACUAUCAGACACUGUAUCAAUGUUGGAUAUGCUACUGUCAUUUGCUCAUGCCUGCACUCUUUCUGACUAUGUUCGACCAGAAUUUACUGAUACUUUAGCUGUCAAACAGGGAUGGCACCCUAUUCUUGAAAAAAUAUCUCUGGAAAAACCUGUUGCUAACAAUACCUAUAUUACAGAAGGGAGCAAUUUUUUGAUCAUUACUGGACCAAAUAUGAGUGGCAAAUCAACAUAUUUAAAACAGAUUGCUCUGAGUCAGAUUAUGGCCCAGAUUGGAUCAUAUGUUCCAGCAGAAUAUUCUUCCUUUAGAAUUGCUGAACAAAUUUUUACAAGAAUCAGUACUGAUGAUGAUAUUGAAACAAAUUCAUCAACUUUUAUGAAGGAAAUGAAAGAGAUAGCAUAUAUUCUACAUAAUGCUAAUGACAAAUCACUCAUAUUAAUCGAUGAGCUUGGCAGAGGUACUAAUACAGAAGAAGGUAUUGGCAUUUGUUAUGCUGUUUGUGAAUAUCUGCUGAGCUUAAAGGCAUUUACAUUGUUUGCUACACAUUUUCUGGAACUGUGCCAUAUGGAUGUCCUGUAUCCUAAUGUAGAAAACAUGCAUUUUGAAGUUCAGCAUGUAAAGAAUACCUCAAGAAAUAAAGAUGCAAUUUUAUAUACCUACAAACUUUCUAAAGGACUAACAGAAGAAAAAAAUUAUGGAUUAAAAGCUGCAGAAGUAUCAUCACUUCCACCAUCCAUUGUCUUAGAUGCCAAAGAAAUCACAAGUCAAAUUACAAGAGAAAUUUUGCAAACCCAAAGGAGUACCCCUGAGAUGGAAAGACAGAGGGCUGUGUAUCAUCUAGCCACUAGGCUUAUACAAACUGCUCGAAACUCCCAAUUAGAUCCAGACAGUUUACGAACAUAUUUAAGUAAUCUCAAGAAAAGGUAUGAAGAAGAUCUGCCCAGAGCUGAAGAAGUUCCAGAAAAGACUGAAGAAUAA